UUAAUAAGACUCGGUGCCGUUUCGUCCACUUUUCCUUGAUAAUAAUCCUCUUUUGAACUCAAAAUCAGAACUUUGAUCCUUUGCACUUGCGAUUUGCUUACUCUCUCGAUUUCACUUUCUCUGAACCAGCAAAGCCCUAUUUCUAAAGCUAUAUAUGGCUCAAUCCAGCGAUAAUGUUGUUGGAGUUGAUAACACUUUUCGGAAAAAAUUCGAUAAAGAAGAGUAUUUGCAGCGUGCUCGUGAACGUGAAGAGAAGGAGACGGAGGGAAAGAAAUCCAAGUCAAGAGGACCUCCAGUACAAAGGAAGCCCUUGAAACAAAGGGAUUAUCAAGUCGACCUUGAAUCUCGCUUGGGAAAGACUCAGGUGGUUACUCCAAUUGCACCCCUUAGUCAGCAGGCUGGAUACUUUUGCCGAGUUUGUGAAUGUGUAGUAAAGGAUUCUGCAAACUACUUGGACCAUAUCAAUGGGAAGAAGCAUCAACGAGCAUUGGGUAUGUCUAUGCGGGUAGAACGAGCCUCGCUGGAGCAGGUUCAACAACGAUUUGAAUCGCUCAAGAAGCGGAAAGAUACGGGGAGCUUCACUGUUCAAGAUUUUGAUGAGCGGCUGCUGAAACAACAGCAGGAAGAGGAAGAACGGAAAAGACAACGACGAGAAAAGAAGAAAGAGAAAAAGAAAGAGAAGGCUGCAGAGGAUGAACCCCAAAUAGACCCUGAUGUUGCAGCCAUGAUGGGAUUUGGGGGGUUCGGGUCUUCGAAAAAAUGAUCCCUUUAGCCAUCCAUCUCAUGCUAGAGCAUUACUUGAUCUGCCUACUCUGCUGAGGCCAGUAAUUGUUGUGUUUUUGAAAUCGUUCAAAAUGUAACAGAUGGAAAUGCCUCUUGAUGCAGCCAGGACAGUUUGUCAAAAUAGCCUUCCGAAGUUUCUGACCAAAUGAUUGUGACUAUGCAUAGCCUUUUCAACUGUUCAUUGCUGAUUUCACAUGUCUCAAAUUUCUGUAUUUAGAAUUUUGCCAAAUUGUAGUCGUUUCUUGUUGGAUACAUUGCUAUAUUUCCCAACAGAACCUUACUAAAAUACACUAAAAAAGGAUUCUUUUUUGUCAAA